CAUCCAAUACUCUGACCAAUCAUUGUCUCAAUCACUACCACAACAAGAGGAAGACAAUGACUGUGGAACCGCUGACCAUCGAUGGCUUUCAAGUGUUAUUCCCAUUCAAACCAUACGAUAUUCAAGUGGAGUACAUGAAGAGUGUUAUCCAAUGUCUUCAACAGAAAUCUAAUGGUCUUCUGGAGAGCCCGACGGGAACGGGAAAAACGCUAUGCAUUUUGUGCGCAACACUCGGAUGGCUGGACAAGAAACGGAUGGACACAUUCAGACGGGUGGCGGCCGCGAAGACGGGCACCGAAAUGAAUGGCAAACACGGAACUCUGGCACCGAUCCACUCGUUUGAGGCCGAAAUGGAUAUGAAAUUUCCGGUUAAACUGCAAAACAAUCACAUCAUUGGCGCGAAUCAGUUGGCGAUUAUAAACAUCUCGCAGUCCAGAGAUAAAGUGGUGUUGACCUCGAAGUACGACAAUAGAGAUAACAUGGAUUACUAUAGAGCUCUCGGACAGACGCUCAUCGAUAUAUUGAAAACAAUACCGAAAGGAGUGCUCGUGUUCUUCAGCUCCUAUACGGCGCUCAAUAAAUGCACACAAAUCUGGAAACAAUACCGAAAUGACAACAUUUGGGAUAAACUAAAUGCUGUGAAACAGUUGUUUCUGGAGCCGAGGGCUAAACACGCGUUCAACGAAUGCUUUUUGAAAUACAAGCAAAAAGUGGACGAAACGCAGUCCAACGGCGCCGUCUUUUUUGGCGUAUUUCGCGGCAAACUGUCCGAAGGUAUUGAUUUGCCCGACGAUUACUGUCGCGGCGUAAUCAUGACUGGACUCCCAUUCCCGGCGGUUAUGGAUCCCAGAGUUAUACUGAAGAAGGAAUACCUGAACGAAGCGAAGAUACCGUUGACGGCCGACGGCUGGUAUGCGUUGCAAAUGAAACGGGCGUUGAAUCAGGCGAUCGGUCGAGUGGUUCGACAUAAGGACGACUACGGAGUGAUUAUUCUACUCGACUCCCGCUUUGCCUCACUAUCGGACGGUCUGUCCAAAUGGGUUGUGAAGUAUAUCUAUAGAGCGAAUGUCAACAAUUUAGACGUGAAUCUAACGAAACUUAAAUCGUUUUUUACGAACCGAAUCAACACUCAUGUCGUUCAGACCACACCCGCCGAGACGGUCGCCGCCAAAGCAUUUAACUCUCAGUUUAAGCCGUUUUCGCAACAGAAAAAAGUGACCAAAAGUAGCCCUAAAAUGAAUUCAGCGAUCAAUCGGUUUACACAAAAGAAUACCAUUUUGGACGCAUUCAAAGGCGCGUCCAGUCCUUCGGUCUCCACUUUUAAUCCAACAAAACCGAAGAGUAUAUUCGACUCUAUGUCUAUAAUUAUGAACAAAACAAUAAAUAGUGUACCAAAACCAGUGGUCAACAGUAGUUCCAACGGAUCCACGACUACUAUCAUUGAAGAGAUUACUUUAGACGAGGAAAGUCCCCGCAAAAAGAGGCUCAAAUUCAAUGUCGCCCUCAAAUCGAUCGCUGACCCGACUUUAGAAGACAAUUGUUCACCGACACCAGUGUCCAGACAAUUGUCCAAUGAAUCCAAUAGUUUGGCUAAGAAGACCCCAUUGAAUGGAAACACCACUUCUGUUGUGGAUUUAGAGCCAAUCCGUGUCGAUCCCGAUGAAGACGCCGAAGAGAUCAUUUGUAUCCCGAGUAGCAGUAGUAGUAGUAGUAGUUGUGUCGCCAAUAGUGUUAUUACUGCCAGUAAAACAUCGACCAUCUCUUCCCGCGACGACAAUGAGAUCAAGUGUUUGUCGGACACCAGUAAUAGUACUGCGAAUAUUAAGACUCAGUCGUCGGCCAGUAUUCAAGACUUUUGGCGCAAAAACGGAGCGGAGAUUUGUCAAUAAUUGUACCCAAAAGUGAUCGACAAUUGUUUUUAAGUAAAUGUUGUAUUAAUUCAGAAAAUGAGUUUAAAGUGUUUAAACGUACAGAGAAUUG